UCCUAUCGAAUGUAACAGUUUUUUUGUUAAAUUUGUAUUUUUUAUAAAUUUAUUAUAUGAUAUAGUUAAAUGAAUAUAAUUAUGGAUAAUACAAAUAUUUGUGAGGGGUGUUUAAGUAACGAUCGGAUGUUAUUUAGCCAUAGUGAUGAUAUAAAACAACUGUUUUUACAACUAUUGAAUGUUGAUGAUAAUUUCAAAAAUAUAUUGAACCUAUGUUGGGAGUGCUGUGCUAUGUUAAGAAAAAUAAUAAAAUUUAAGAAACAAAUCAGAACAGCACAGGAAACUAUGUAUAACUUGUUGAAUCAACCAACAACUUUAUCUAAUUUGAUAUCAUCAAACUGUUUGAGCGUUGAGUGUAAUUAUUAUAAUGAUAAUAAAUUUGUAUCAUUAAUAAAGAUGGAAGAUGAACAAACCAACGAUGAUGGUGGACGUUGUGAUGUGAAAUUUGAUGUUUUUUACCAUAAUGAUAGAGCGCUUAAUCGUGAUCAUUGUGAUGUACAUUAUGAAGAUUUUAAGCCGGAAUUUGACGAUAACAAUGACGUGGUAAAAUCAUCAUUCGAUUUCAAUGAUUCUGACGAUGAACCACUGACAAGUGUUAAGAAGAAAUCGAAAAAUAAAACGAAAAGAAAAGAAGGUAAGCGACGCGAAAAGGAAUCUGGCGUGGUCCAGAACGCGAGGGUGUUGAAGAAGCUGCAGCAAUUGAAUGUCCACCCCGAUCACCUGGAAAUGGUCAUUCUGAGCUGGGACGAGGUACAGUUGGAGAGAGCGAAAGCCCUAGCGAGCGACACCUUCACGAGACACUCCCACAAAUGCUACAACUGCGUGAUUGGCUUUAAUCAUAGAUGUAAAUUGGACGAGCACAUGAAAAAACACCAGCUGUCAGCUGGGACAUCGGAAUGUGAUGUUUGUCACAUACGGUGUAAGGACAAGCAAGCUCUGUCGUCGCACAGGCGGAGGCAUAGAGUGAGAUGGCGCUGCCGGCUGUGCGGCGGCGUGUGGUCGCGCGCGAGCGUCGCCGCCGACCACGCGCACCGGCGCCACGCAGCGCCCGCGCCCACGCACACCUGCACGCUGUGCGGACACGCCGCCGCCACAUUGGGUAAACUCCGCAAUCACAUGAAGAAAACUCACUCGGAGCAACACAAGUGUGAGUUAUGUGAUAAAGUAUUCAGAGACCGGACCUCGCUGCGGACGCAUCUGUUCAUACACCGCGGCGUGAAAGAGUACGCGUGCCCGAAGUGCGGCAAACAGUUUCUGUUCAAGAAGGCGAUGGAAAUACACCUGGUGACGCACGAGUCGUCCGCCAACAUGUACUGCCACGAGUGUGACAUGACGUUCAAGAACCAGAUGUCUUUCAACCAACACAUGAAGUACAACUUGAAACACAUCGACCCGGCGAGGCUGAAAUACGCGUGUAAGCUGUGCGAUAAAAAGUUCGUAAAGGCGACUCGCCUUGAAGAGCACAACAUGGCCGUCCACUUGAAGCUCACGCCCAUCACUUGCACGGUGCCGGGCUGUGGAUUUGCGUGUUCGUCCCGAGCGGUGCUGCGCUCGCACGCGCGCGCGCACGCGGCGGUCGUGCCGCGGCGCGACCACGUGUGCGACGUGUGCGGGAAGACGUAUACGAGUAAAAAGAGCCUGGAAGGUCACCUGCGCGCGCACAGCGGCGCGCGGCCGUUCCGCUGCGCGCUGUGCGCCGCCGCCUUCGGCUACCAGGCCGCACUCUACAACCACAACAAAUUGGUGCAUCUGAAAGUUAAGACUAACCGCAGUCGGCAACAGCAGACGAAUUCGGAUUGGGUCGCUGUAGAAACUCCUAAUGUGCCAUAAUAAAUUAUUUUAUG